CAGCUCUAUAAUGCCAGUUGAAACUAUCGAAGAUCAUAGAGUAAAAUUUAAGCCAACUGAUCAAUUAAUAGACUUUAUCUUAAAAAAUUUUAAAAGUGCUAAAAAUGUUCCAGAUAAUAUUAAUGUUUUAAAAAAGUGUCAUCCUAAUGAGCGAAAAAAAUGUUUUAUUUACUUAGAGGACAUAAAGUGGAUCAAAUCCUGCAUGGAUAAGCAACAAAAUGGUUCUGAUAAUGUGGUUUAUGUUCAUGAACUUUUAGAAAAGGCAGUUCUACAACUACCUGAACCAAAGGUAACUCCGAGAAAUCCUGUAUUAGAAGCUAGAAUAAAAAAAUUGCAAGCUCAGCAGGAUAAUAGAGAUUAUAAUGCUAUGACUAAAAGUGUUGAUUCAAGAAGAAAGCAUUUGCCAGAAGAUACGUUAUCAUAUCAAAUGAAAGUCAUGAAUCAACAACUCAUUGCUGUUGCACAAUUUGUAUUUUCAGUAAUUGCUGGUUUUGCAUUUGGAUUCAUUGGUAUUGAAUAUCUUGUGAACAAUUUAGAUUUUGGUUUUAGAUUACUUCUAGGUAUAAUGUGCGCUUUGAUAAUAGCAUUAGCAGAAAUUUACUUUUUAGCUAAAAAAUUAAGUGAGGAUUACGAUGAAGUACCAACAGGAACAGUCAAAAAACUGCAUCAAGAAUAAUUAGGUAAACAUAGCAUUAUUAAUGUCACAUUAACUGUUUUUUUAUUAAAAUUAAUAAUAAAAAACAAAUUCUCAUUGUCUUCAAA